AUGCCCGAGCAAAGAGGAAGGAUGUUUUUUAAAGGAAUGUACACCGAUGGCUACACGUGUAGAAUGCUGUUCUGUAGAAAGGCGCUUCCGGCGUUGGCAGCAGAUGACGCUUCUCUAGAGCUAAGUGAUUUUACAACCGACGAAGUAGAUAAACAUUUUCGUUCAUGUACUGUGGGCCCAGGAAGAAAGGAUGCCUUUGUCUCUUACCACGAAGGCACCGAUGUACACCGCCUGCCCUCUGCUGCGUACUACGGUAUGGAUGGAACUGUAAACGCCAGAAAUUACAACAAGGUCGUAAAAAAAGCUUAG